AUGAAAAUCGUCAUCGUGGGCGGUGGCAUCUCAGGGCUGACGGCGUACCUCGCGCUGCAGAAGCACCUCCCCAAGCCCGCACCGCCGGCCCCGGACCACGAAUACACAAUCUACGAGCCCUACAAUACAUCUCCAGAGACCACAUCGCAUGAGCGAGCGCAGGGUACCACACACUCGUCGACCCUGAUCGUGGGGGGCGGUCUCGGUGUCGGCCCCAACGGGCUCCACGUGCUCCACCGGCUGGACGCAGAUCUGCUGCGCGACAUCGUGAGCAGUGGAUACAUGGUCGACCACAGCAAUCUGAAAAGCAAGCACGGUCGGCUCCUCGUCAAGCUAGAAUCAUCCGGGACAGGCGGCUGUCCCCAGGGCCCAGAUCGGAGACCUCGAAUGCACAUGCUCGCGAUCAGCCGCCAUGCGCUCUGGAGCCGUCUACGCCGCGCCGUGCCCGACACGGCGAUCGCCAAUAAGCGUGUUUCGCGGGUGGUCGCCGUCGCGGACGGGCGGAAUCGCGUCUGCUUCGACGAUGACAGUUCCCCCGUGCAUGCGGACCUGGUGAUCGGGGCCGACGGGCUGAAAAGCACGGUUAAGCAUGCGCUGUUUGCCGAGGCGGAGGCGGACCCGUAUCCCCCGCAUUACGAAGGCCUGGUCGGUGUGGGCGGCUUCAUCCCAGCAGAGAGCGUCAAACACCUCGUCGAGACGGGGUCAAUGAACUUCAUCUUCGGCGGGAACGGCUUCUUCGGCUACUUCUACGCGGAAAGUGCGAGCUCGGACCCAUAUCGUGCCUCGCCGUGCCAUGUCUCGCAGCCGGGGGAUUCAGUAGCGUGGUGGUCGACGUACGCGACCGAGAAGAGUCCUCCCCACUCCAGGAGUAUCGAUACAGAUGAUGUCACUCGACAGUUGCGAGAGCGGUACGCCAGCUGGACGGAUCCAGUGGUCCAGAGGAUCAUCCGUGAGAUCCGCGUGGAGAGCAUGUGGCCGACCUGGACCUCGCCGCAGCUGCCGACCUGGGAGCGGGACGGGGUCGUGCUCGUCGGCGAUGCUGCACAUUCGCUACCGCCGACCUCGGGGCAGGGGUCGUCGCAGGCUUUGGAGGAUGUCGAAGCUCUGGUCAUGUUCCUUGCGCAUCAGCUGCGGCGGGUGUAUGCUGAGGAAGGGCAGCAGUUUAGUGGCAGAGUGGAGAAGGAAGCCAUCAAGGUUGCUGCAAAACAGUAUGAGGCGAUGAGACGGCCGAGGGUGGAAACCAUCCUUUCGAGGGCGAAGAAUAUGCAGGACCGGAAGCGGGAUAUGGGGCUUGUGCAGGAGUAUGUGAUGUAUACGUUUAUGUGGCUCAUGGUCUUCAAAGAGCAGCAGGAGGCGUUGUUUGAAUAUGAUCUUCCAGGUGAUGUCGAGCGGGUUCUAGCGAGAGACGGGUGA